AUGGCAAACCUACUUGGAAGAUUUAGUGCUGCUGAUUUUGAGUUACUGACACACAGAUUUGGCAUGUUUGGCCACAUUUGGCGGCUCAGUGAUUGUUAAACAGGUUGACAGCCAGUCAAACCUCUUUAUUGUAGCUUAAUAAUUUAUUAUAAAUACAGCAGGAGUGCAUUUCCAAUUUUCUAACAUGGGAAGUAAGGGUGCAUCAGGGAGUAAAAAGCUUCCUGCACUUCCAGAAGACUCCCUGCAUCUUUUGCCACAGCUUCCAAAGGUUCGUACGAAGCCCAUGUGGCAGGACGCAAAGCCAAGUUUCGUCCUCCUGGGCCUGAGAGAAAACACAGAACAUGGAGCUUCUACUAGGAUUUCCAGAGAAACACUCCGAGGGAGAAUGCAGCACAGCCAGGGAGCGUUCAGCACAGCCAGGGUCUCCAAAUCCCUCAAAAGAUGUGCGAAGUCGAAGAAAGAUUGCGAGCAGCUUCGAAGGACGCUCAUCAGCAUUUUCACCGACGAGGAAGUGGGCAGAGGUGAAGGCUUACAUGGUCCAUGCGGUUCCCUCCGUUUAACUGAGAAGACAACUUUGAAAUAUUAUAACUACAUUCGAUACGGCAUUGACACGCAGAACGUGGCCCCUAUGGAAGAUUCCUGGCUGGAGAGGAUUUCCAGCCGGAUCCCGAACGGCUUGAAGACGUCAAGAAGAUCCAUCAAGAUUCUCAACGAUGAGAUAAGAGAGGAUUAUCUGCUGAGUGCUAAGAAAGCGAUAGUGGAUUUUGCGCUGCGUGACCCGAGAGAUAACGAAGAACCGAAGGUGAACGUUCUUCUACCUCACCGUGAAGAGAUGGCAGUUGUGCCAAAGCCAUGGAAGGCAUCCUUCCAUCAAGCACUAAACAGAAUAAACCAGCAUCUCCACACCAUCAACCCCGCCAUGCUCUCCAUGCUGAACCUGUGGCACGUGUCCUUCAAGAACUUACGCCUUCUCGACGUGACAGAGUUCCACACCAGAGAAGAGGCCAUGGAGCUGUCUGUCUUUCAGCAGAUUGUCAACCGACACAUGGAAAGUGCUGAAGACGUCUUGCUGAAGAAGUGGGUUGCUGAGGUGCAACAAAUCUACUACCAGGGAAGCAAGCGCAGAUUGGUCCCCAGAAUUACCAAUCCGUCCCAGCUGCAGUCUUUCUUCAACUGUGUCUCCGCCCUGAUGUCCUCUCAGCUUCAGACCCUGGCUUUGGAAUCGAUUCAUGAAUACACACGCCUGAUAUCUCCCGAGCCACGCUCAGUAAGAGCUUAUGAGCACCCGGGCUUUGUUCUGCGUCUGAUCCUGAAGCACAAAAAGAUCACAUUUGAGCCCGAUUUCGAGGAUUUUGAGGUCAUCUUGCUGAAGGUCUAUGAUGCAAUGUUAAAAUGCAUCAGCUCGGUGCCUCGAGUCGAGACGAAACUGUACUCAGAAUGGCCCGGCACUGAGGGUGCCAAAACCCUGAAACCCAUCAUCCUCCCCGAGAUCCUGAAGUCACACAGGGAUGAAAUUCUUCAAGUGAUACGUAAGGAGAGCAAUGGACCUAAAAAACAUGUGCGCCUGUAUGACAAAUUUGCUCCACUGAUAUCUCAGCAAGCUGAGCAGGACAUGGAGCACUUCCUGUUGGAGCAACACUCCUUCCAGGAGAUGAUGAUGGAGGCGACACGCUACCAGAAUCUAGCCGAUGAGAUCCAGUAUGACUCCUGCAAGGUGGUACGUCUCGGUAUGUUCGAAGUGCACUGCCAUGAGCUUAUCCAUGCACUAGUGAAGCGUGCAGAGGGACUCAGGGAGACACUGGUCACCCGUAUGCUAAAGGACCACCAGAACUGCAAUAAAACAUUAUGUGAUGAAUUCGAGAAGAUUGCCACAAAAGCCCACAGCACUCCAUCAAACACACAAGAGCUCAUGGCUCUAAAGGCCUAUAUUAAGAAGGUUGAAGCUGAAGAGAUGCCCAAACUGGAUCUUCAGCUCAGGGAAUCUAUGGAUCGUCUCUGCUUCUUGGCUGGUUAUGAGUUCUCUGCAGUGGACAUAAGCCUUAACAAGAAGACGUUCCAGUGGCACAUGCGCAUGCCUUCCGUGUUUGACAGGCAUAGAGAGAUCGCCGAGGAGAAGACCGUACAGUUCCAGGAUUUCCUUAAGUUGCGGUGCGAGAGGUUCGUGGAAGAUAUGGAAGCCUACGCAAAGCAGGUGGAAGAUUUUGCUUCUUUUGGCGAUCUAUCCGAAGUGAGCAGGUACCUUAAAAAGGCUCAGGCGCUCAAUUCCAAGCUGGACACCGCCAUGGAGAAGAUCGAGGGGUUCAACCUUGAGGAAGAAGUGUUUGGAUGGCCCGUCUCCCAGUACCCCGUACGCAAGGAAGUUCAAGAGCAGCUGCUCCCAUAUCUUUGCCUGUACCAGACAGCUACCGAGUUUCAAACUGAGCACCAGCAGUGGCUUAACGGGCCUCUCACGUCCAUCAACCCUGACAAGGUGGAGGCCAACAUCAGUAACUACUGGCGCUCCCUCUACAAACUAGAAAAAGGAUUUCAGGACUCGCCCAAAGCUCUUCACAUCGCCGUUCAAGUCAAGGCUCAGGUGGAAGAUUUCAAGCAGCACAUCCCCUUAGUGCAGGUGCUGUGUAAUCCAGGUUUGCGAGACCGCCACUGGGAGGCCAUGUCAGCUAUCGUGGGGUUCUCUUUGAAGCCUUCCGAAGAGGAGGCCUGCAUUUCUCACUUCAUUCCUCUGCACCUCGAGGCUCACUUGCCCAGCUUCGAGGGCAUUAGCGAAGCUGCCAGCAAAGAGUACUCACUGGAGAAGGCAAUGGAGCGCAUGGCUGGUGAAUGGGCAGACAUGACGUUCAAACUGCUGCCCUACCGUGAAACCGGCACGUCCAUUCUUUCCUCGGUGGACGAGAUCCAGAUGCUCCUGGACGAUCAUAUAGUCAAGACACAAACGAUGCGUGGCUCGCCCUUCAUUAAACCAUUCGAAACUGAGAUACGAGAAUGGGAAAGCAAGCUGUUGCUACUGCAGGAGAUUUUAGAUGAGUGGCUGAAGGUGCAAUCCACAUGGCUCUACCUGGAGCCCAUUUUUAGUUCUCCAGACAUCAUGGCUCAAAUGCCCGAGGAGGGGCGCCGCUUCAUGACUGUGGAUAAAACCUGGAGGGACACCAUUAAGCAAGUCAGCCUGGACAAGCACGUCUUAGCUGUGGUGGCCAUCGAGAAGAUGUUAGAGAAGCUCAAAAAGAGCAAUGAGUUCCUGGAGCUCAUCUUAAAAGGCCUUAACAAGUACCUGGAAAAGAAGAGACUCUUCUUCCCACGCUUCUUCUUUCUGUCCAACGAUGAGCUGCUGGAGAUUCUCUCAGAGACCAAGGAUCCAACCAGAGUACAGCCACAUUUGAAGAAGUGUUUCGAGGGCAUCGCCAGUGUCGUGUUCACAGAUGUCCUGGACAUCACACAUAUGAAGAGCAGUGAGGGUGAAGUGGUGGAGCUGCUGGACAUCAUCUCCACUUCUAAAGCUCGUGGCCAGGUUGAGAAAUGGCUCCUUGAGCUGGAGAGUGGCAUGCUCAAUUCCCUACACAAGGUGAUUGCCGAAGCGAUCGAGGCGUACCCUAAAGAGUUGCGGGUGAACUGGGUGCGAGCCUGGCCAGGUCAGACGGUAUUGUGCGUCUCUCAGGUGUACUGGACCAAAGACAUCCAUGAAGCCAUAGCAACAGGACCUCAGGCCCUGGAAGCUUAUUUGCAUCAGAACAACACUCAGAUUGAGGACAUAGUGGCGCUCGUACGUGGGAAACUGUCCAAACAGAACCGAGUGACUCUGGGAGCGUUGGUGGUGUUAGACGUGCACGGCCGUGACGUCUUGGCUUCGCUCGUGCACAAGGGCGUGUGCGAUGAGAACAACUUCGAGUGGCUCAGCCAGCUCCGAUAUUACUGGACUGAGAACCAGCUUCAGACCAAAAUGAUUAAUGCCGGCCUGGAUUAUGGCUAUGAGUACCUGGGGAACACUCCACGUCUGGUCAUCACCCCUCUCACAGAUCGCUGCUACAGAACCCUAUUCGGCGCACUGCACUUGCAUUUAGGAGGAGCUCCUGAGGGUCCAGCAGGUACAGGGAAGACCGAGACUACUAAAGAUCUGGCCAAAGCUGUGGCUAAACAGUGUGUCGUGUUCAACUGCUCUGACGGCCUUGAUUACCUCGCCCUGGGCAAGUUCUUCAAGGGCCUGCUAUCCUGUGGCGCGUGGGCAUGCUUUGACGAGUUCAACCGCAUCGACCUGGAGGUGCUGUCUGUGGUGGCGCAACAAAUUCUCACCAUUCAGAGAGGGAUCGCAGCUCAUGCUGAGACGCUGAUAUUCGAGGGCACGGAGUUGAAACUCAACCCAUCCUGUGCCGUCUUCAUCACCAUGAACCCAGGAUACGCCGGACGCUCGGAACUCCCUGAUAACUUGAAGGCCCUGUUCCGCACCGUGGCCAUGAUGGUUCCUGAUUACGCCCUGAUCGCCGAAAUCGUGCUCUACUCCUGUGGUUUUGUAACGGCUCGUCCACUUUCCGUGAAGAUCGUCGCCACGUAUCGCCUCUGCUCUGAGCAGCUGUCCUCUCAAUGCCACUAUGAUUAUGGUAUGAGGGCCGUCAAAUCCGUCCUGACUGCCGCUGGAAACUUAAAGCUGAAGUUUCCGGAGGAGAACGAGGACAUUCUACUGCUGAGGUCCAUCAUAGAUGUGAACCUUCCCAAAUUUUUGGCCCACGACCUGCCACUUUUUGAGGGAAUCACAUCCGAUCUUUUUCCGGGGGUAAAACUCCCCAAACCGGACUACAGCAUCCUGCUGGAGGCCAUUAAGGAGAACAGUGAAAGGAUGAACCUGCAGGUGACCGACUUUUUCGCUGAGAAGAUCCUGCAGGUUUUCGAGAUGAUGAUCGUGCGCCACGGCUUCAUGCUGGUAGGAGAGCCGUUCGGAGGGAAGACGAGCGCCUAUCGAGUCCUCGCCAACGCCUUGAACGACAUCUGCGAGAAGGGCUUGAUGGAUGAGAACAAAGUCCAGAUCACUGUGAUUAACCCCAAGUCCAUCACCAUGGGUCAGCUGUAUGGCCAGUUUGACCCUGUCUCUCAUGAGUGGUCCGACGGCAUCCUUGCAGUGAGCUACAGAGCCUUCGCCACGUCUCAGACUCCAGACAGGAAGUGGCUGAUCUUUGAUGGCCCUGUGGACGCAGUGUGGAUCGAGAACAUGAACACAGUGCUGGAUGACAAUAAGAAACUGUGCCUGAUGAGCGGUGAGAUCAUCCAAAUGUCUCCACAAAUGAGCCUCAUCUUUGAACCCAUGGACCUGGAGGUGGCGUCGCCCGCCACGGUGUCUCGCUGUGGUAUGAUCUACAUGGAGCCUCAUAUGCUGGGCUGGAAGCCGUUAAUGAUCUCGUGGCUCAACACCCUGCCGUCUGCGGUGAGCUCGGUGCAGAAAGACCUCGUCACCGGCCUCUUCGACCGCAUGCUGCCCGCCUGCCUACAGCUCAUCCGCAAAGGGACCAAGGAGUUGUCUCCGACAUCAGACGCCAACCUGGUGCGCUCCCUGAUGAACCUGAUGGAUUGCAUGAUGGACGAGUUUCGCGAUGAAGGCCAGAUGAAGGCCAUGAACGAGAGGGAUGCGUGCUCCUGGCUCGAGGGUAUUUUUGUAUUCUCUCUGGUAUGGUCAGUGGGUGCCAGCUGCACCGAACCCGGAAGAGUGAAGUUUGAUGGUCUGGUGAGGGAGCUGCUAACGGGUGCUUUGUCUGAGAAGACACGAGGAAGAUAUGGCAUCCUGGAGCACAUCGAGGCACCAAGCAAGCAGCUCACAGUGCCCUUACCUGCUGAGGGCACUCUCUACGAGUACCGCUUCAUCAAAGAGGGUUCGGGCAGAUGGGAACUAUGGACUGAGGAGCUCAAGCAGGCGCCCCUGAUCCCCAAAGACGUCCAGUUCAACGAGAUCAUCGUGCCCACAGAGGAUACGGUUCGCUACUCGGCACUGAUGGAGCUACUCAUUACACACCAGAAGCCUACCAUCUUUGUGGGGCCCACAGGAACCGGCAAGAGCGUGUACAUCAUAGACUUCCUGCUGAAUCGACUCAACAAGGAGACAUAUAAUCCGCUACUAAUCAACUUUUCAGCCCAAACUAUGGCCGCUCAGACUCAGAACAUCAUCAUGUCCAAGCUUGACAAGAGGCGCAAAGGAGUGUUUGGCCCCCCGCUGGGAAAGAAAAUGAUGGUGUUCGUGGAUGAUGUGAAUAUGCCUGAGAGAGAGACGUACGGUGCCCAGCCCCCUGUGGAGCUCCUACGCCAGUGGCUGGACCACUGGAACUGGUACGAUAUAAAGGAUUGCUCUAUGAUCAACCUGGUGGACAUCCAGCUGAUGUGUGCCAUGGGGCCUCCUGGCGGUGGGAGAAACCCGGUGACGCCUCGCUUCCUUUGUCAUUUUAACACCAUAACAAUUAAUGAAUUUGAUGAGAAGACCAUGUAUACCAUUUUCUCCAGAAUCUUAAACUGGCACUUGACUAUACGACUCCCCUUUCCUCCAGCAUUUGCCAGCCUCACGUCGCAGAUAGUGGGUGCCACCCUGGCAGUCUAUCAGGAGGCCACAAAGAACUUGCUGCCGACCCCAGCCAAGUCUCAUUAUCUUUUCAACCUGCGGGAUUUCUCCCGUGUCAUCCAGGGCAUUUGCUUAUCGUGCCCAGAGACUGCAGAUGACCCCAAAGCUAUCAAACGCUUGUGGGUGCAUGAGGUGCAGAGAGUUUAUUACGACCGAUUGGUUCAUCCAUCAGACCGCUCAUGGAUGGUGGGCUUCUUGCAAGAGGUCUGCAAGUCCCACCUGAAGGAGGAUUUCCAUCAGCUCUUCAAACACCUGGAUUUUGACUCUGACGGAUGUGUAACUGAAGAUGAUCUUCGCAGCCUCAUGUUCUGUGAUUUCCAUGACCCCAAGGGUGAAGACCGUAACUACCGCGAGGUUGGUGACCUCGAUCAGUUACGCCAAGUGGUGGAGGCCCACCUGGAGGAAUUUAACAACAUCAGCAAGGCUUCCAUGAACCUAGUGCUCUUCCGAUUCGCAAUCGAGCAUGUCUGCAGGAUCUCUCGGAUCCUAAAACAACCACGGGGCCAUGCGCUCCUGGUUGGUGUUGGAGGGAGCGGGAGGCAGUCCCUGACUCGCCUGGCUGCUUACAUGGCUGAAGCCGAACUCUUCCAGGUGGAGAUCUCCAGGAGUUAUGGCAUGACCGAAUGGCGUGAUGACCUGAAAAACAUUAUGCGCAAAUCCACAUCUGGCGAGACCCACGGUGUCUUCCUUUUUACCGACACUCAGAUAAAGAUGGAGCUCUUCCUUGAAGAUGUUAGCAAUUUGCUCAACACUGGUGAAGUUCCCAAUCUCUUUGCUGCGGAUGAGAAGCAGGAGAUCUGUGAGCGUAUGCGGGUCUUGGAUCGCCAGAGGGAGCGGGAGAAGCAGACAGAUGGAAGUCCUUUGGCAUUGUUCAACUUUUUUGUAGAGCGCUGUCGGAGUCAGUUACACGUGGUGCUGGCCAUGAGUCCAAUUGGUGACGCCUUUCGAGGCCGCCUGAGACGUUUCCCUGCACUUAUCAACUGCUGCACUAUAGACUGGUUUCAGAGCUGGCCCAAUGAUGCUCUACAGGCUGUAGCAUCCCGGUUCCUGGAGGACAUCGAGAUGACUGAUGAUGCUCGUGCUGGCUGCAUAGACAUGUGCCAAAGCUUCCACACGUCCACCAUCAAUCUCUCGGCACGCUUUCUGGCUGAGUUGCAGCGCCACAACUAUGUGACCCCGACUUCCUACCUGGAGCUCAUCUCCACCUUUAAAGUCCUGCUGGAGUGCAAGAGAACGGAGGUCAUGAAACUAAAACAACGCUAUGAGAUUGGUCUGGAAAAGCUGAACUCUGCUGCCGCUCAAGUGGCCACCAUGCAAGUGGAGCUGGAGGCACUUCAGCCUCAGCUCCAUGUGGCUAGUAAACAGGUGGAUGAGAUGAUGGUGGUGAUUGAGCAUGAGUCAGUGGAGGUGGCCGAGACAGAGAAGGUAGUCCGGAUCGAUGAGGCAGUAGCAAAUGAACAGGCCACUGCUGCUAAGGCCAUCAAAGAUGAAUGUGACGCCGACUUGGCUGUGGCUUUGCCUAUCUUAGAGUCAGCUCUGGCAGCACUUGAUACACUUACUCCACAGGACAUUACAGUGGUGAAGUCCAUGAAGAGCCCUCCAGCUGGAGUCAAACUUGUGAUGGAGGCCAUUUGUAUCCUAAAAGGUAUUAAACCUGAUCGCGUCCCUGAUACUUCUGGCUCAGGCAAAAAAAUCGAGGACUUCUGGGGCCCGGCCAAGAAGCUUUUAGGUGACAUGAAGUUCCUGCAGAGCCUGCACGAGUACAACAAAGACAACAUUCCGCCCGCUUACAUGACUAUUAUUCGCAACAAAUACAUCACCAACCCAGAUUUUGUCCCCGAGAAGAUCCGGACAGCCUCCACCGCAGCUGAGGGCCUCUGCAAGUGGGUCUGUGCUAUGGACUCUUAUGACAAGGUUGCAAAAGUUGUUGCGCCGAAGAAAGAGAAGUUGGCCCAAGCGGAGGCUAAACUGAAGGUAGCCACGGAGAGUCUCCAGAAGAAGCAGGCAGCACUAAAGGAGGUCCAGGACAAAUUGGCCAAACUUCAAGAGACUCUGGAGGCCAACAAGAACAAGAAAGCUGACCUGGAAAAUCAAGUCGAGCUGUGCAGUAAGAAGCUGAAGAGAGCAGAACAGCUGAUCGGUGGCUUGGGAGGGGAGAAGACCCGGUGGAGUGAGACGGCACUGAACCUCGGAGAACUCUACACCAAUUUAACUGGAGAUAUUCUCAUUUCAGCUGCUAUAGUCGCCUAUUUGGGGGCUUUUACAUCUAGUUACCGACAGAGUGCUACAGAAGAAUGGAUCGAGCUGUGUAAGGCCAGAGCGAUCCCCUGUUCUAAGAACAUGUCGCUGAUGCUGUCUCUGGGGGAGCCGGUGAAAAUCCGAAGCUGGAUCAUCGCCGGACUUCCGUCAGACACUUUCUCUAUUGACAACGCCAUCAUCAUCUCGAACGCCCGACGCUGGCCUUUGAUGAUCGACCCACAGGGCCAGGCGAACAAGUGGGUAAAGAAUAUGGAGAAGGGCAACAGCCUGCACGUCAUCAAGCUGAGCGAUGGAAACUUUGUGAGAACGCUGGAGAACUGCAUCCAGUUCGGCACACCAGUUCUGCUGGAGAAUGUAGGUGAGGAACUGGACCCCAUUCUGGAGCCUCUACUGCUGAAGCAGACGUUUAAACAGGGCGGGAGUGUGUGUAUCCGCCUGGGAGACUCCACUAUAGAAUACGCCCCGGACUUCCGAUUCUACAUCACCACCAAGCUACGCAACCCACAUUAUCUGCCCGAGACUUCGGUCAAGGUAACACUUCUGAACUUCAUGAUCACGCCUGAAGGAAUGCAAGACCAGCUGCUUGGUAUAGUGGUGGCUCGAGAGAGGCCGGAUCUAGAAGAGGAGAAACAAGCCCUUAUCCUGCGGGGAGCGGAAAACAAAAGACAGCUCAAGGAGAUCGAAGACAAGAUCCUGGAAGUGCUCUCGGCAUCUGAAGGGAACAUCCUCGAGGACGAAACAGCUGUCCAGAUUCUGUCAUCCUCCAAAGUUCUGGCCAAUGAAAUCUCGGAAAAGCAGGCCGUGGCUGAAGCGACCGAGAGGAAGAUCGAUGAAACGCGUAUGGGCUACACUCCCAUCGCAGUCCACUCGGCCAUCUUGUUCUUCUCCAUCGCCGACCUGGCCAACAUCGAACCCAUGUACCAGUACUCACUCGGCUGGUUCAUCAAUCUCUUUAUUUUAUCCAUCGACAACUCGGACAAGAGCGAGCAUCUGGAGCAGAGACUGCAGAUCCUAAGAGACCACUUCACCUACUCGCUGUAUGUCAACGUGUGCCGAUCGCUGUUCGAGAAGGACAAGCUGCUUUUCUCAUUCUGCCUCAAUGUCAACCUGCUGAAACACGAAAAGCUCAUUGAUGAGAACGAGUGGCGCUUCCUGCUAACGGGAGGCGUAGGUCUGGAGAACCCUCACCCCAAUCCCUUUACGUGGCUGCCUAAGAAAUCGUGGGACGAGAUCUGCCGCCUGGACGAGCUACGAUGUUUCAAGGGUCUCCGCAAAGACUUGGCACGCCAUAAAGACGGCUGGAAAGACGUGUACGACAGCAAGGAUCCUCAUCACACACCUUUUCCUGGAGACUGGCACAAGAAACUCAGCCAGUUUCAGAGAAUGUUGAUCAUACGCUGCCUGAGACCAGACAAGAUCAUUCCUAUGGUGCAGGAGUUUGUGUCCAACAGCUUGGGACAGCAGUUUAUCGAGGUGCCUCCUUUUAACCUUGGGAAAGCUUUUGGAGACAGUCACUGCUGCGCUCCCCUCAUCUUCAUCCUCUCACCAGGCUCCGACCCCAUGGCAGCUCUGCUGAAAUUCGGAGAUGAACAGGGCUUUACAGGAAACAAGCUGGCCUCUCUGUCCCUGGGCCAAGGCCAGGGACCCAUUGCCAUGAAUAUGAUUGAAAUGGGUGUAAAGGAAGGCACAUGGGUGGUGCUACAGAACUGCCACCUGGCUACGUCCUGGAUGGCGACCCUGGAACGGGUCUGUGAGGAGCUCAACCCAGACACCACUCAUCCAGACUUCCGUUUGUGGCUGACCAGUUACCCCUCACCAAACUUCCCAGUGGCUGUGCUUCAGAAUGGUGUCAAGAUGACAAACGAGGCCCCCAAGGGCUUGCGUUCCAACAUCAUCGGCUCCCUUCAUAUGAACCCAAUAUCCGAUCCAGAGUUCUUCAACAGCAGCUCGAAGCCAGCUGUCUUCAAGAAACUCCUUUAUGGCCUGUGUUUCUUUCAUGCGCUCACCCAAGAGCGAAGGAAGUUUGGCCCCCUGGGCUGGAACAUCCCCUACGAGUUUAACGAAACCGACUUGCGCAUCUCCGUCCAACAGCUGCAUAUGUUCCUGGAUCAGUAUGAAGAAGUGCCGUUCGACGCCCUUCGCUACAUGACCGGUGAGUGCAACUACGGAGGACGUGUUACGGAUGAUUGGGACCGCCGGACCCUCCGCACCAUCCUGUCUAUCUUCUACACCAGUAAGAUCAUCAUGGAUCAGGAGUACAAGUUCGACCCGAGUGGGAUUUACUACUCACCGUGUGAAGGGGAUCACAAUAGCUACAUAGAGUACACAAAAUCUCUGCCACUGUACCCGUCGCCCGAAAUCUUCGGCAUGAACGCCAACGCGGACAUCUCCAAGGACCAGGUGGAGACGGAGCUCCUGUUUGACAGCAUCCUGCUCACUCAGUCUCGUAUGACAGGUGGCGAUGCGAAGUCCUCGGACGACAUGGUAUACGAGGUGGCAGCGGACGUUUUGAGCAAACUGCCACAAGACUUCGAUACAGAGGCAGCCAUGCGCAGGUUCCCCACCAGUUACAAGCAGAGUAUGAACACGGUGCUGGUGCAGGAGAUGGGCCGCUUCAACAAGCUGCUGCAGACUAUUCGGGACUCUUGCAUCAACAUCCAGAAGGCCAUCAAGGGUCUGGUGGUGAUGUCGGCUGAGCUGGAGGAGGUUGUGACGAGCAUUUUGAAGGGCCGCGUUCCAGGUAUGUGGAUGAAGAAGUCGUACCCGAGCCUCAAACCCCUCGGGGGAUACGUCAGCGACUUCCUGGAGAGGCUCCGGUUCCUACAGGAAUGGUAUGAUGACGGCAUCCCGGCCGUGUUCUGGAUGUCCGGCUUCUUCUUUACGCAGGCUUUCCUGACCGGCGCCCAGCAGAACUACGCCCGCAAGCACACCAUCCCCAUUGACUUGCUCGCCUUCGACUUCCACAUCAUGGACGAUACGGAGUACACGCGACCGCCCGAGGAUGGCGUCUACAUUCGCGGGUUGUUCCUGGAUGGGGCACGCUGGGACAGGAAGAUGAUGAUACUGGCCGAGUCGUACCCAAAGGUCCUCCACGACACCAUGCCCGUGAUUUGGCUCAUACCCAUGAAGAAGCAGGACAUCCCGCGCCUGUGCUACAUUUCACCUGUGUAUAAGACGAGCGAGAGACGGGGGACGCUGUCCACCACGGGCCACUCCACCAACUACGUCAUCGCCAUGAGCCUCGACUCGGACGUCCCCCCUGAGCACUGGAUCUGGCGAGGCGUCGCUCUGCUCUGCCAGAUGAACUCGUAAAGCGAUCCUUAUCCUCCAGCUUCAAGAACUGAGGUAAUGACUGCAUGAAUAAUGCUUCAAGGACCAAGAGCAACAUGUGGCGAGACUCAGAACUUUCCCUGCUGGCUGUACAAAACGCUGAGUCACUAGCAGCCUUCAAACGAUGUCUGAAGGCUCACCUCUUCAUCAAGCGUGUGGAUUAUGAAUUAUUAAAUCUAUUAAAAAGUGCCUUGACCUUGCUUUUA